AUGCCCGGACACCUGCAAGAAGGCUUCGGCUGCGUCGUAACCAACCGGUUCGACCAGUUAUUGGACGAUGAGUCCGACCCGUUCGAGAUCCUGAAAGCUGCUGAAAACAAGAAGAAGGAGGGGGCCGCCGCUGGGUCCACCAAGACCGCUGCUCAAGCCGCCAAGCAGCCCAAGAAGGAGUCACAGAAGGACAGAAAGAACCCGCUGCUGGACAAGAAGGAGGAGUCCCAGGCUCCAGUCCCCCUGAAGAAAGAAGGUAACAUCUUCCCCUCUGCUCUGCACACUUUUACUCUGCGCGCUUAUUUUCGUGUUUUAUCGCAUCAGCUGUCAUGUGCAGAGUCUGUUAGCUCCGUUAGCUGCUGGGAGCCAAACACAGCGUGAGGUCAAGCUCACACAGGGGUUAGAUAGACAACCAGAGGAGUCAUCAUCGACUCAGCGAGCUCAGGUGAAUCCACCUGCUCGUGCCUGUGUCGCAGGGAUGGUUUCCUCCUCCAGCAGCAGCAGCAGCAUCAUCCUGCAGGAAGGCUCAGUGUCAGUGUUGGUGUUAUGUUACUGUGCUGCUGCUGCUGCUGCUGGAGGAUGCUGCUUCGUGCUGUCUGCGCAGCUCUGUUAGCAGCUGCAGGCUUUGCAAAGCAAAUGCGCUACAUCUAAACCCGGAUACAGAAAAAAACUAGACAGACGGCUCUUUGUUUGAUCUGAUGAUUCCUUCACUGAGUCAAUACUUAUUUUUUUCUCGUUUACAAACCGUAUUCACGAACAACACCAACGAGUCAAUGAGAGAGAGGCCCUCUGUUAGCUGGAGUGAUAAUACUCGCAGUCAGACAGAUUGUAAAUAAAGAGGUGAAGUAUUUUGUGCGCAUGACAGUUUGCACUUGUCUGAAAAUAAAAUGCUUUAAAUCUGCAAAUAUUCAUCUGCAGAAAAAUCACAUUAAGAAAAAAAAAAAGAAUUCAUGAUGAGUUUGGCAAGUUUAACUCGCCCAGUGUUAUGGUCUCAAGGUAUCAGACGGGUGGGCCGAAGACCGGACCAGCAGGGCCAGCCGGGAUCUCAGCACCAGGGUGGACAGGGUGAAGGGCGGCCAGGAGACAAGAGGCCGGAGAGGAGACCUCCCCGUGAGCGCCGCUUUGAGAAGCCUGCUGAGGACAAGCCUGAGGGGGCAGGAGAGUUCUCUGCAGACAAGUGAGUGGAUGGGAUAAACAAUAAGAAGUGAGGUUUGACAUGCAGGUUACAAUCAAGACUUUCUAGAGGGGUUUUUAACAUCCACAUGGGUCAAGAGUCAUUAACUGUCUCUGGGCACCUCACCUCAACAUCACAUCACAUCAUCUGUACGUAGUUUUGCACUGACGUAUACAGCAAAUACAGUGUUUUCUGAUGUCAUUGCUGGAAAGGAAAUGUUUUCGCACUUGCAAUUGACACUGUCUAUUUGUGUCCCUCAGGCCCUCUGGAGAUCGGCCCCCGAGAGGGCGUGGUGGCGGCCGGGGUGGGCGUGGUGGAAGAGGACGGGGCAUGGGCCGAGGAGACGGCUUCGACUCCCGCGGGAAGCGAGACUUUGACAGACACAGCGGCAGUGACAAAUCGUGAGUCAAGACUGAAACAGAACAUGGAGCAGAACUUAGAGCCCGCAAUUUGACACCCUAUUGUCAAGCUUAUGUCUGAUGACCCGACAGGAACGAGAAUGAGCUCUUUAAUUGUGAAAUGCACUUUUGUGUGUCUUUGAAACUACUACUUUGAAAGUCUUGCUUUCAGGACUUAGACUUCUUUUUCUUAGAAUUAUUCACUAAGCUUCCUCUGAAUUCAAGCUUGAGGUCAGGGGGUUCUUAUUUGUUCAGCAUCACUCUGAAUUGUGGACUUAAAAGCCACUGGAAACAAAAGUCUUUAUGAAGAACUUCACUGAUCCCCGAUGGGAAACGCCACAUUAACAAUACAAGAAAGUGUCUGAAAACAGUUCCAGUCAGAUUUUGAAAUCUCAUUAUUUUGAUGCUGAUCAACUUUCCUAAUGUAGGAUCUAAAUUUAAUGGUGUUCAUGGAGUGAAUUUGUUUAUUGAUUCAGUGAACCAAUCAGAAGUACAGUCACAUGCUGCUAUUUUGCUAGCUGUAUCCUCCUAACACUAGCUGAGAAUGAUUAUUGUCUGCCAUUGUUGUCUAAAUUAUGGUGGCAGGAGUUAAUCAUUGCCAUAGUAGUUAAGCGCCAUGAUAAUACCUCACUACCCAGGGCUAUAGAGGCAGCAUUGAGUGUGGCAUCAAGAACUUUCAUAGUGAUCACAUCUAACAUCUUAAUGUAUGCUGUAGCUGCCAAUCAUGAUAUGGAUAGCAGUUUACUUGCCGUUUUGAUAGCGAUGGAUGAUCUUGAGCCUCCAUUUUUGUUUUGUUUUUGCAUUUUUGUCUCUCAUGCUUUAAGAAGUGUUAUACAUGCGUGUGUUUUCAUGCGUGUGUUUUUUCUGUUUCCUUCAGCCAACUGAAAGGCGAGGAGAAGCGCAGUGGAGGAGGCUCAAACAACUGGGGUACUGUGAAGGAAGAAGUGAGGUGAGUCUAAAAGCAGAGACACACUGUCUGUCUGUGAGCAUUACUGUCUACAGAUGGUGAUGCAGAGUUGAUAUUUGUUACUGAGAGUGUGCUCGGUAAAGAGGCUCCAUUGUUGGGCGAAAAUAGAGAAUUUCAUUCUUCUCCGAGGUGCAUUAGAUACAGGAGAGUCUGGUACACAUGGUGCCCCAGGGUUACCGUGAACCAUGGGAAAUGAAUGUUUUCACAAUUGAAGUAUGAAAUUGCACAAGGUAGAAAUGGAUGCAAAGUCUGUGUAUUUGAGAGAUGAUGUUUGAGUAUUGAUGGUCCUGCUAUGUCUUUGUUUCCAGCGAGGCUGAACAGACUGCUGCUCCUGAGACGACCCCAGAGGGAGAGGAAAAUGCCCCCGCCAGCUCCGAGAACAAGUGAGUAUCCAUUUCCUGUUGGAUAUUCAGGUUUCAGCUGAUAUCUGGACAUUGAGUGACUUAGUCUGUUUCCAUCAGAACAUGUCUCUGCAGUUCUAUGUCCCCAUGCUGCUCUACAUCACAGCAGCACCUCCUCGUGUGCACUUUCGUCACAAAGCUUUAGUGCAAAUGGGAUCAACAUUGUUUCUGACCUCUUGGCCUGAGGAUUACAGAAGCAUGUCUGGAGCUAAGAGGAUUUGCACUCUGAGCUUUAAGGUCCGACAUUGUUGUGUGCUGGCUUUCCAGAGAAAACGAGGUUCAAGAGGUGAAAAAUGAAGGCCCCAAAGAGAUGACCCUGGACGAGUGGAAGGCCAUGCAGGACAAGGAGCGCACCAAGGUGGAGUUUAACAUCCGCAAGCCAAACGAAGGAGCCGACAGCCAGUGGAAGAAAGGAUACGUGCUCCACAAGUCCAAGAGCGAGGAUGUGAGUGAGGUGAUUAUGACACAUAUUUAAACAGAAACAGCCCCUCCCCUUCAGAGAGAGGGAAUGCUGUUCACUUUGCUCACUGCCUCUGUCUGAACACCAGCUUUGCACAUGCUCACGUCAUAAAUCAGUCACACGGUUGAAAACUUCUUUGGGGGAUUUUAUCAAUUCACCGAAACAGUGAAAGAAAAACAAUUUAACCUCGUGAUUUUUAUCAUACCAACUUUUUAAAAUGUUCCUGCACACAUAGAAACACUGCAGAAAAAGACAUCAAACUAUGAAAAUUAUGAAAUGUAAGACGCAUGAACAUCAACAGAGAUAUGAUCAAGGCUGGACCAAGUACUUGUGCUUCUUUUUAACACAGAAAAUGCAUCACACAUACUUUUGCCCCCUUUUCUAAACCAAAUAUUGAGUAAAAUCAAACAUGGAGUUAUUGUUGGCCAUUUUCAGAGAGUACUGAAGGUACACAGCACACGUGCAGACUGCUGUGUCACAAGAUAACUCAGUCUAAUUAUGUGUUUAUAUUUCCAGAGUGUUGUCUCUAUUAGUCUACGUCAGUCAAGGUUGCACAUGACAGCUCCCCAGAGGGCUCAUGUUCAUGUUUUCUCAAACAGGAAAAAUAAAAACGAAAGAGUUUUCUGUUUGUAUUGGUGCUGAGCAGACCAAAGUAGAAAAUCCUCAAAUAGAAGACACUGCAGUGUUCAACAGAAACAAAUGAAACGGUUCUCACAACAGGUGUGGAUCAGUUCUGUCAUAUGCCAAUGGAAUGAUUAGAUUAGAUAGACUUGAUUGAUCCUUUUGGGAAGUUUCCCUCAUGGAAAUUAAAAUUCUAGUAGCAUCAAUAUGUACAAAAAAACCCAGAAUGAUCAAAUAAGUAAGAAGUAUAAAUGCCAAAUAUAUAUAAAGAGUAAAGAUUGUUCCAGCUCUAUUUUUAAUCAGAAGGUUGCUCACACAAGACCCUGUUCUUUGAUACAUGAGCGUUAGUGAAGCUCUGCCAGCUCCUCAGACGUUAUUUGAAAGCUGCCUGGAGGCCUCACUGAUUUUUCUUUUUCUCUUCAUGAUUUAUGUAUUUAUAUAGAACAUCUUCGACCUUCCUAGCAUGCACAAACUUGGUUUCAGAUGAACAUCUUUACUUGUCAGACAUCAUAUUGAUGAAAAGCCUUUUUCUGUUUUCAUAUUUCAGAGGCCUGUUGGAGCUUUGAUCGACACCCCAGAAGCAGAAGCAGAACCACACACUCUGUACCACAAGGUGCCUGCAGCUCUCACACACUCCUCUGUUAUCCACACAGUCCGCUAAAAUAUUCGGCGUUAACAGUGUGUCUAAAACUCGCCUGGGAGAAUUCUAAUAACUGAAAUUUCUCCUCAGCAUGCCAACCCCGACGAGUCCAGCGACCACCACUUCCGCAAACCAGCCAAUGACAUCACAUCUCAGCUGGAGAUCAACUUUGGAGAUCUGGGCCGCCCCGGCCGCGGGCGUGGGGGAGCUCGUGGAGGCAGGGGGGGCCGCGGCGGGGGAGGCAGCAGGACGGCACGCGGGGGAGGACGCUCUGAAAAGGUAACAAUAAAAGCUGUUGUCAUUGCAAACAGUAAAGGUUUGGCAGCCCUUACAAAAGCUGCAGCUCACGGACUGUUAACAGGCUGUUAAAGCAGUGAGUUGGAAAACCUGCAGUGAAACACACAUCCCUGAAAUAACAGAGCAGUGAGCACAUGAUGCUAAACACACACACUGACCUGAUGUCAGAGAGGAGCCGAGUGUAGUGAUGGUGCAGAGCUGUGUGAAUGACUGACUUAGAUCAACUAGUUUAGAGUUACAAACAGUCUCCACACCAUAAUCUAACUUAUUUCUUCUUCUUUUUUUAAUAAAAAAAUAGAAUUUAAUGGUAUUUAAAUCGUUUAAAGCCCACAAGGAAUUUUUAAAAAGUGUUUGAAAACAACAUAUCAAAGGUUGAAACUAUGACGUUUUUUGUUGAGCGAAGAAAAUAAGACAAUUUUAAAGUUGAUGCCAGCAGCACAUUUCAAUCAUUAAGUUUCAUUGUUUUACCUGAUUUGGUUUUCAAAAUUUCAACAUUCCAACUCUUAUGGAAAUGGUGUUUGUAUAAACAGUUAAAUAUAUUUAAAGAAAAGGGUAGGUUUUUUUUUCUUACUCACUAACUUUAUUUCCAAGACAGGUCAUGGGACUUUCCCUAAAAAGUGACUACAGGGGUGGUUAACCUAAAUUGAAACAUCAAAGCUGUUUGAUAGAAAUGCAAACCAAGAGGCUUUGAUUCUUAUACUUGAGCUAUAAUUGUGUAAACAUGAGUCUCGGCAGCUUUUGCAGAGGCACUCUCAGGUUUUUUAAUUAAGAAUGUGUUUGUCCCUCCAGGCUAGUGGAGUGUCAGUCCCCAACGUGGAUGAUCCUGAGGCCUUCCCAGCUCUGGCCUAA